GGGGUUUAACUCGCUGAGCUCAGAAGGAGGAAGAGGAGUUCUGUCAUUUGGGAGAUCUCACGGUAACAACGUCAUUCUGAGCACAAUGGCUAAAGCUGACAUUGCACUGAUUGGUUUGGCUGUCAUGGGCCAGAACAUCAUCAUGAACAUGAAUGACCAUGGCUUUGUUGUGUGUGCCUACAACCGGACUGUCUCCAAGGUGCAUGACUUCCUCAAGAACGAGGCUAAGGGCUCCAAGGUGAUCGGAGCAGAGUCUCUUGAGGACAUGGUGUCCAAGCUGAAAAAGCCCAGGAGGAUCAUCCUGCUGGUCAAGGCUGGACAGGCUGUGGACGACUUUAUCGACAAGCUGGUUCCUUUGCUUGAAGCCGGAGACAUCAUCAUUGAUGGCGGCAACUCUGAGUACACCGACACAACGCGGCGCUGUAAGAGCUUGAAGGAGAAGAACUUGCUGUUUGUGGGAAGCGGAGUCAGCGGCGGUGAGGAGGGGGCACGAAAAGGACCUUCGCUUAUGCCCGGAGGACACGCAGAGGCCUGGCCUCACAUAAAAGACAUCUUUCAAAGCAUCGCUGCCAAGGUGGGAACAGGAGAGCCCUGCUGUGAUUGGGUGGGAGACGAGGGCGCGGGGCAUUUUGUCAAAAUGGUCCACAACGGCAUAGAGUACGGUGACAUGCAGCUAAUUUGCGAGGCCUAUCACCUGAUGAAGGACGUGCUUGGCAUGGACCAUGAUGAGAUGGCACAGGCUUUCGAAAACUGGAACAAAACGGAAUUGGACUCGUUCCUCAUCGAGAUCACCGCGAACAUCCUGAAGUACCGAGACCCCGAUGGUACACACCUGCUGCCCAAGAUCCGUGACAGCGCAGGACAGAAAGGCACAGGGAAGUGGACUGCCAUUUCAGCCCUGGAAUACGGCACACCUGUGACUUUGAUUGGGGAGGCUGUCUUCGCCAGAUGUCUGUCCUCUCUGAAAGAAGAGAGAGUGGAGGCCAGCCACAGCCUGUCAGGGCCACAGGGAGUCACCUUCAAAGGGGACAAGGCCGCCUUCUUGGAGGACAUUAGGAAGGCCCUGUAUGCCUCCAAGAUCAUCUCCUACGCUCAGGGCUUCAUGCUGCUUCGCCAGGCGGCCAAGGAGUUCAGCUGGUCCCUCAACUACGGCGGCAUCGCUCUGAUGUGGCGAGGAGGCUGCAUCAUCCGAAGUGUGUUCCUGGGUAAAAUCAAGGAGGCGUUCGACAGAGACGCUGAGCUGCAGAACUUGUUGUUGGACUCUUUCUUCAACAACGCCGUGCAGGACUGUCAGGAGUCGUGGCGUAGAACAGUCAGCACUGGCGUCCAGCACGGCAUCCCCAUGCCUUGCUUCACCACCGCGCUGUCCUUCUAUGACGGCUACAGACACCACAUGCUGCCUGCCAACCUCCUCCAGGCUCAGAGAGAUUACUUUGGAGCUCACACGUACGAGCUGCUCAGCAACCCGGGACGCUACAUCCACACCAACUGGACGGGUCACGGUGGGAACGUCUCCUCCUCGUCCUACAACGCUUAGUGAGGACAACAUGGCUGAGGUGAUGUUAUCUGUGAGGAAAAGUGGACAUGCUACACAUUCCACCUUUUUAACCACGCUCCCAACUCCCAAUCGCGUGUCUCUGCACUUUUAUUUUUCAACGUGUAGAAUGACAGUAUAUGAGCUGUCAGGCUGCUUAACGCUGGAUUAAGACAAAGUGUUGCACUGUGCUGUGUUAGACUAAAUAAAGACUUCAAUCCCUUUAUAA